GCCAGUUCAUAGUUAGUUAGUGUAGUGCGUGACAUCACGGGUCAUAAGGUCAUUUGUGAUAAACAAAGCCUAGCUUUGCGGUCGCGACACAUGUUUUCAUUAAAAUUGCACAGCAGCAAACGAACAAAGCUUACACACAAAUCUAUUGAAUUUUACGUAUAUUGUUGCUUUUAAUCGGAACACAAUGAGUGACGAUGAAGAAGUAACAAUCGAUGAUAUAAAGCUAUGGAAUGUUCAAGCUUUAAAGGAUUUCCUUCGAAGCAGAAAGUUGAAAGUUUCAGGCCGAAAAGAUGAGCUUGUUGCCUUGGUGUAUGCGGCGAAGUUGAUGCCAGCGUUGGUACCGGCGCCCAGCUCCCCAGCUACGAAGGCAGCUACAAAACUAAAAGGCUAUCAAGACCUUUUGAAAACCCCAGACAAUGGAGUUUUACCCGACCCACAAGAUUUGACUGAUUGGGAGUCCGAGGCAAGUUCCGUCAGUAAAUGGCCGCCGACAAUGGCGAUCGACAUCGGCAACUAUAUUAGCAACAUAGACGAUGUGUCGCUCGGCAAACGCCUGAUGUCGGACUACAAAGAACAGAAAGCCUACAGCUACUUCGCUUCAGGCUGGAUGAAGGACAUUGAAUACCAUGGCAUUGAACAAAAUAAUAAAUAUUGUUUCCUUAGAUCAAAAUGUGUCCCAUCCCAACGAGUUAAAGACGUUCCAUGGAGUGUGUGGAUCGCUAUAGAAAAAGUUUCUGGCCAUAUACAUAGUGCAUUUUGUACAUGUUUUGCAGGAUAUAGCACGACCUGUAACCAUGUUGCUGCCUUGCUGUUCAAGGUGGACUUUGCUUGGCGAAAUGGAAUCACGAAUCCUGCCUGUACAUCAAGAGAAUGUGUAUGGUCUGCGUUUGCUGGCAAAAAUAAUGUGGAACCCAGGAGGAUAGCAGACUUAACAUAGAGCCAACCGAAAUUCUUUAAGCAAGGUGAAGUUGACUCAAGCGAAGGGAUAAACCCCAAGUUACGCAAGCUCUUUUCGCCACUCGGAUACAGGUCGAUGCAGCCUACGUCGUCAACUUCUUCACUUGUUAAAGUGUUCUACUCAGAGUUUAAGGAUGCCUGUGCCUUUCAAUAUGCCAACAUCCCAGAUGAAAUGCCCAGUGCCCAAGAUCCAUCUGCCGAGUGCAAUGUAGAGCACUACGAAGAUGUAGUGGCGUUGGACAUUCCCCAACCAUUACCAACACUUGCACAGGAAGCCUCAUCACCUAGCGAGUUUGUAGCGAACUUACCAGAAUACACGAACAAUGAUGUCAAAUUCAUAGAGGAAGC